CAAACGUAACAUUAGCUGACGGUCAAAAUGUCUACCGUUAACUUUAGAGAGAGUGAAGCUGGAACACAGGAGAAACGUGGGUUUUCAUUAACCAAGGCAGUGGAGGAUGUCAGCCAACAUGGCUUUGCCCAGAUCGAGUCCCUGAAAGAAAAACAGAAGACACUCAUCUCCCUGCAGGCAACUCUUUCAGAUGUCGAGAGGAAAGGUGAGAUGGCAGAGCAGGACCUGAGAUCUAAAGUGAGGGAAUUCCUCAUGCUGGAGGGCGAGAUGGAGCACCUGGAGCGUCAGACCAAAGUCCUGCAUGACCGCUAUGCAGCCAUCAGCAAGGAAAACACAGAACUCCAGAUCAGUAUAAGCGAGAAGGAGGAGAACGCUCGCAUGGCACUGGCGCGGUUCAACACUUACCGAACCAAGAUGGAGGGUCACAGAGCAGCUGUUUUGCAUGCGGCGAGCCAGACGGAGGCCCAUAAAGAGCUGGAGGAGAAAAGAGCACUGGUCAGGAUGCUGACGCAGAAGAAAGAGGAGCUGGAGGAAGAUUUGGAGAAUCCAAAUGGAAACACGGUGCAAAUGGCAAAGAGUGAAAAUGAUGCUCUGAAGAGGGAGAUCUCUGCGAGGAGGGAGACUAUCGCUAAGGAGAGAGAGCAAGUGCAGAAAGAGUUUGCGACUCAUACUCAGAUAAAGAAAGACAUAGAGAUCCAGAACAGGCGCUAUGAAGCCAUCGUCAAGCGCCUCCACUGCCAACUGAGCAGGGCCCAGGCAGUUCACAGGCAAAUGUCUGAAGACGUCUACCACAUGGAGAGACAGCUAGCCGAGCUCAAAGGGCAGCUGGAGUCAUCUCAGGACCCAGCGGUCAGUGGUCCUUAA